CAAUGGACAAAUCAACAUCGAAAGCAUCUAAAAUAGCAGCUUGGAUACUGAUGACAAUUAACGCUAUAUUCAUGGUGAUCUGUUUAUUGUUCGUAGCUCUUGGAUUAUGGAUUCUGUCAUCUCCAAGUACUUUGUUCAAAGUUAUAGAAGUUACUGGGAACUCUACUGUUAAAGCCCUAACACAGGACACCCUGACUCUUCCAGUGGGUAUAGCCAUCACAUCAGUCGCCGUAUUCUUAUUCUUCAUCAGUUUCAUGGGAUUCCGUGGAGCCAUGACAAGGUCACCGUUUUUAUUGUUUAUGUACUCGGCGCUGGUGCUGCUACUCUUGCUACUGGAGUGCGCACUGCUCUACUACUUCUCUAGCAAUCUGGUUGAAAAAGGACUACACAAAGACGAUGGGUUAUGGACCCACGCUAUGAGGCUCGCAUUCCGAUGCUGUGAACACAACACUUCAAUACCAGAGACCAGAAAGCCUCCAUGGUCCUGCUGUGGACCGGACACGUACCCAGACAAUUGUACCACUUCUCUAAUGUACCAGAAGGAUUGCCAUGCAUCAAUAGUAAGCUGGUUGGACCGAUACCAGCUGCCGAUGUACACGUCACUGGCAGUGUUUCACGUUGUCAUGGCAACCUGUGCCAUCAUACGACGAUCAAGUUCUACUUCGCAGCCUUUUAGCUAGCGGUCGCAGCGGCGCGUUAGCGCGUCACCACCACCAGACCCAUCAGAGGUCCCGAGGAUACGCCCUGGAUGGAGCACCCGCGUGGCACCGACAGUGGAGCCCUCUAACGAAGAUGUUAUAAUGCUUGUCGUGGGCAGAGCCAGGAUAGGCUGGGUAGAUAAAUAAACUCUAGUGACUAUGCUGGGUAGAACGUCGUGACUAGUCUGGGUAGGACAGCGAAAUUUGUGACUAAUCUGGGUAGGGUAGCGAAAUUUGUGACUUAUCUGGGUAAUGAAGGGAAAUGUGACUUUUUUGGGUGAAGAAAUGGAAUGCGUGACUAAUCUGGGUUGAAAAGUAAAUGCUUGAGCAUAGUAUUUAUGUGGAUUUAGAUAGAGAAAGAAGAAAAGGAUUUUACUGAUGUGAUUAUUGGAAUGUUGAAGAAGUGUUUUGGAAGCAAAAGGGGUGAUUUGUAAUUUUGUAACUUUAUUAGAAAAAUAGUAUCUAAGAAUUAGAGUGUUUUUCCAUCAGAGAUGUGCUAUGCUACGUUGCUGUGGAUGCGUUUGGCUUCCACUAAUCAUGUUCAUUGGUACACAUAGCUUAGCACUGGUGGAAACGGACUCAGUUAAAUUAUGUUUUUUAUAUGGAAAGAUGUGUGCUAUGGAUGACUUUCCUACUAUCGAUACAGCGCAUACUCGAACUGCGCAUCUUCCUCGCACAGCUACAUAGCAUAGUAUCAGUGGAAACGGUCACAUAGUUUCACAGCUUAGCUAUAACGACAUCAUAGUAUAGCUACAUAGCACAUCUCUGGUGGAAAAGCACCAUUAGCAUAAG